AUGGCAGAGACAGACCGAGCAACAAGCACUCCGAAGAAAGCCACCGGCCUGAACCCUGAGUCGCCGACGACCGCUCGCCCGCUGGACUUCGACGACGAGCCGCAGGAGACGGGCCUGACAUCCGCCAACACCACCAGCCGGUCGUCUUCGCAGCUCAACCUGGCCGCGAACAUGCAGAACCAGAGCCAGAGCCAGGGACAGCCACGAGCACCGAAUCCGUACCAGAGGAUAAUAGACGACCUCAAGGAGGCGUUCCCCAACAUCGACGCGCCUGUGAUAAAAGCGGUGGUGGUAGCGAGUGAUGGAAACGUCGAGCGGGCAUUCAAUGCAUUGCUGGUGGUGCGCGCAGGCAUGUCUGAUCCGGAUGCACAGGAGGAAGUACGGCCGGCAGUGCCCCCUCGACCGAGCGCUGGCGGGGUAGCUACGUCGACGACGCAGAGCCAGCUGGAGGACGACGAACGGUAUGCGCGCCAGCUGGCCGAGCACUACAGUGGCGCGGACCAGAGACGAGGGUACCAGCAGCAGCCGUCGUCGUCGAUAUGGGACCACGGCCCGGCGUCGGGGCAGAGGGGCCAGGGGCUGAAGCCGAACGAGCUCUACGAUAAGGAACACAGCUUCCUUGACGGUGCGUAUGACUUUUUUUUUAGGAAAAUUAUUAUUUUGCUGAUGUUGAUGUUGAUGGAUAUUGGGAUAGACGACCUGCCGAUUAUCAAGGAGAAUAUCCGCAAGGGGUUCCUGGAGACGCAGUCGCGGGUGAACAGCUGGGUGGAGAACUUCAAGAGACGGCUUGAUGGGGAGGAGUCUGACGAGGACGCGCAGUACGGCCACAGCCAGAGACAGUAUGGGCAGAGACAGCAGCAGCAGCAUCAGCAGCAGUACGGCUACCCGAACCGCCGCAGCGUGGACCGCGAGAGAUACGAUGCCGAUCCGCAUGUCCUGGGCGACGACUUUUCCUCUCUUGAGCUACGAGACAACGAGGUGCCUCCGCCUCGGCCUCCACGCCCGCAGGCCAACCCGGACCUCUUCAAGAGCAAGAGCGCCUCUGCCUCGCCCGACCGACGCAAGGUAUCCUUCCAAGAGGGCCCGCCCGAAGAGAUCCAGGACUCGUUCUCUGCCAACACCAGCAGCAACAUCAUCAACAACAACAACAACAGCACCAGCGGCACUGCCAACAAUAACGCGAAUACCAGUGCCGGCUCCCGCAGCACGGCUAACAAGUCGAGCAAGUGGCAGCCGCUGUCGACCGUGGAGCCGUCUCCCGUGGCAGACAACGACCCGUUCAGCCUGGGAGACAGCGAUGACGAGCGGGAGAGCAAGGCAAAGGAGGUCAAGGGCGAGGAUGCUGCGAAGAAGGCCGAGAAGACGAGUACAUAG